AGGAAAUGAAAGCCAAAGGARAAAUUAAACCAGAAAAGAGCAGAGAUCUGGGCAAUUCCUCUAUUCUGCUAGCUGACCCCGGACCCCCAAAGCAAUUGAUAUCAAGUAUCUCCACUAAGCUGAGAGGAUUCCCUGGUCCACUGGCCACACGUGUUAAAAGUACGGUCUCAGGGCUGAAUGGUAAGUGGAACAAGCUUUCCGACGACGACCGUAAAGGUAUUGCAGGUACUCUUAAAGUUAUUUCAGAAAGUAUAGAAAAGUUUGGCAAUGCUGGAAAAGAUCCGGUUGCAGCAAUUCGGUCAGGAAUCGACAUCAUUGGAUCAAUAGCCAGCAAUUUUGGACCAAAAGGCCAACUUCUCAGCAUGGGUCUAGGUUUCGUGUCCUCUCUACUUGGGUUAUUUGGUAAAGGCUCAAAACCAAAGCCUAUGUCCCAAGUUAUCAGAGAGCGAUAGAUGAAGCCCUGGUUAAAUAUCGCGACGAGGAUCUCACUGCCAAAGCAAUAGGUUUGAUAAGAGCAUUCAAAGAGUCUAAAGCCUACUUAGAUGGAGCGGCAAGGACAGGUAAUCCUUUCAGUGAACAAGAGAUGCAGUUGGCUUCCAUUCGAGUUCCAAUGACACAAGGUGCAGAAUUUAUGGGAGAGCUUGCAAGUGUUAUUCUUAAAAUGUUCAAAGAUAAUAAAGUUUCAGAUGCAAAGAAAUGCAUUAAAUAUUGCGAGCUUUACGCCACAUUGACAUCGAUUCGUGAUAUGAUUUUAACACAAUUCAUAUCCAUGUCAUCGAAUGUUAAAAAUGUGCAAAAUGACGUCAAUGGUCUGAUAGGUUAUCGGCAGAAUUUCCGUGAUGGAACAAAAGCAUUAUUCGAAAAACUCUACACGGUUGAUUACUUUAGCAACAUAAUGCCAUACUUUGAUCCUGAUGACAGCACUGUCACUGACACAUAUUCAACGGUAAUGUUGAAUUUGGGUAAGUACGAUCGCUCCCUUUCUGGCCAGUAUUGUCUCCAAUACGAAGGAAAUAAAGAUUUUGAAUGGCAACGUAAAGAAGGCUGGUUCGAGCUCACUGAUGAGAGGCCUUAUACUACAGUACGUUCGUCGACAAACAACUUGAAUUGCUUUUGGAAGCUUAUUCCCCACGGAAAAUCUACUUACAGCAUUGUCAACAAGUACAAAUGUGACAAGAAAUACGACUACUGCGAUGCAAUGCUGUCUUGGGAUUCAGAUGACAAUAAGGCCUAUGUUGGAUUAGACUACAAAGACCCCGUGUUAUGGGAAAUUGCAGGCAAUGAUUGGAGAUACAUCCGUAACAAGUGGCAUUGUCCGUCUCACAAGUUUUGCGACAAAGAUUUGAGGGUAUUGUACAGGAGAGAGACCAGGGUUUUUCGAGGAUCAAAGGGCUUACUAGUGGGACAGUUAGCUUUGCCAGAUGGUAAAUACUACUGGAAACUCAGAAAGCGAACUUGAAGUACACCUGACAAGUACCAAUUAAAGGUUUCUGCUCAGCCCUGGCAAUGAGAUUUCUGCAUAAAAGAUUCAAUCAAAAAGAAGCCAAUUCAAGCUGGACCGGAGAAAAUUAUAAAUAAAUGUGAAGGAUCGAUUUUAUUACGA